UUUAUCAGUGUCAAAAUAAAUCGGGCUACAAAAUAUACAUGUAUCACUAUAUGUAAUUAAUGCAAUCUACACAAUGCCAUCCUUAUAGACUUUGACGGUGCAUGACAGCAACAAUGGUACGGUGUCUGUGCGUUAACGACCUUAUCAUGAACCAACACGUUUCACCGGGCAAGCAAGCACAACUCGCGCAAGUGGUAGCAUUGUUAAAACCACAAAUUCUAUUUAUAGGGCUGGUCCGUGCAUGAUGUUGUAUAAUACGAUACUGUGCAGCAAGGGUAGCCUAUGUUGUGUAUAUUCACGCGCUCCGUUCGCAUGUGCCACUGUAUCUUGCGCUCGCUUCUCGUAACGUGCGCGCCCGGUUUCGCUGCCCGAGGGGGCAUCAAGUGCACAGUCAUCAGUCGCUCUUGUAAAAGAUGCAUAGCUAGCAGAGAUGACGAUGAUGAUGAUAUCAAAUCUCAGGAAAGGAAUGACCACGACCGGAUUUCAAGGCCAUAAUUGACAAGAGCCCUGCAUGAGAAAGAGAGAUAGAGACAGAGAGGGAGGGACGUUUGGAAGCAACAGAGGUCCACAUUAGAGCCACAGAACAGGGAUUGAAGGAACACCUAUUGGAACCAUGUAAUCAGUACUGGGAAUGUCAAAGCAUCUCAGAGAAACAGAUACCUGGGUUUGACUGACAGCCAGAGAUUGACAAACUAAUUGGUAUAUUCAGAAUGUACUGUAGGUUUCCACACAUAACUCAUAACCAAGGAGAAGAGAGAGAAAGAAAGGAGAGGAUAGUGAGAGAAGAAGGGAGGGGAGGAGAGAAAGGAAAGUAAAGAGAAUAGUGGAGAGAGAAAGAAGAGGGGAGGAAAGGAGAAUGGAGAAGAGAAAAGGAGGACAAGAGAGGAGAUGAGAUGAAAGGAGAAGAGAAGAAAGGACAAAUGAAGAGAGGACAGAUGAUGAGAGGAGAGGAGGAGAAAGGACGGAUGAAGAGAAGAUAGGAGAGGAGAAGAGAGGGAUGAACCAGAGUCGUGAGAAGAAACCAGGAAUACAGCAGGAAGACUGUGGGAACAAGAGUGGAUCCAGCCCGCUUGACUGUGAUGACAAGGACUAACAGGACCAGCUGCCCUGUGGCAUUGUGGGACUGAGAACACCAAUAUUGAUGAGGGGCCAGUUUAGUCCCAACCUCCCCUCUGUAUGCAGGUGCCUUUGGCCUCAUUCCUCCUGUGAGCCCCUGCUAACCCACAUUAAGCCCUACGAAGUGCACACUCUGAAGUGCACACUCUGGAGAAAACUUCUCUUCUGCCAGUAAUCCAUACUUCUCAUUGAGAUAUGAAGAUGUGUGUCCCACUACUGAUGGCUGUGCUGCCUAUCAUACAGGCAGUGUGUCCAGACAGGGAGCCCGGCCUGCAGCCAUGGACCCCCGGCCACAGUGAAGCCCACCAUGUUACCAUUGGUUACGGCAGAAAGGUCAUCCUCACCUCUUCAGCUACUGUCCACUCCAUAGAGAUCCUCAACGGAGGAAAGUUAGUGAUAGCAGACUCGUAUCGUCCCAUCCUACUGCGUACCAAACACAUUCUGAUCGGCAACAGAGGACAGCUGCACAUAGGAAGUCCUGACUGCCCGUAUAAGGGCAACCUUACCAUCUCCUUAUUUGGAAGGUCUAACGACACAGACACAGAGCACAGUUACUUUGGCCGUAAGUACAUUGGUGUGGGGACAGGAGGGACACUGGAGAUCCAUGGCGAGAAGAAGCUGUCGUGGACCUUUCUCAACAAGACUCUGCACCCAGGGGAGAGCGAGGACAACAGCUACCUGUUCGAGAGGGGCUGGGGCAACCGGGGUAUCAUAGUUCACGUCAUUGACCCCAAGACUGGAGAAGUGCUCCACAAUGAUAGGUUUGACACAUACCGCAGUAAAGAAGAGAGUCGUCGCUUGGCCCAGUAUGUAGAUGUGGUAGACAAUGGGAUGAUUCUGGCCAUGGUGGUCAACGACGAGGGGUCUAACAACCUAGAGGACUCGGCCAGGAAGAUCCUCACCAAGCUGGGGAGUAAAGACUUCCACCGCCUGGGCUUCCGUCAUUCCUGGAGUUUCAUUGCGUUGAAAGGCAACUCGUCCUCUGCAGUGGAGGAUCAUGCUAUCUAUCAAGGGACCAAAGCCUCCUCGGAAGCUCGUAGUUCACGCAUGUUCCAGUCAGAAUACGGAGAGCACUUCACCAUCACCACCUCCAGCCAAUGGGUGCAAGAGGCAGAGUGGACUGAGUGGUUUGACCGAGAUGAUGAGAGAGGAUCAGGAGACUGGGAGAAGCUGUCUGACCUCCACAAGGCUUACCCUGACCGCCUCUGUAGUACCCCCAUGGAUAUACAGGCUGAGUCCCAUGAUGGUGUGCCAUCUAACGAGACAGGAGAUGUCAUCUAUAAGUCUGACAGGGACUACGGCUUCGUCUGUCUCAACAAGGACCAGAGCCACGGCCUCUGCCACAACUACCGAGUACGCUUCCUCUGCGGUAAACUAGUGCGUCCCCAGGCCUCCAUCUCUAUAGAGCGUCUGUCCAACAGCACUGUCCUGGAGUUAGCUGAGCCAGCUGAAGGCUGGGGCCCAGGAGACAGACUGGUGGUGGCCAGUACUGACUACUCUAUGCACCAGGCUGAGGAGUUCACCAUACUACCCUGCCCUGCCUGUGGGCCCACACAGGUUAAAGUCCAAGGUAAGCCAGUGUUCCUCCACAUGGGUGAGGAGGUGGAUGGGGUGGACAUGAGGGCAGAGGUCGGCCUGCUGAGUCGCAACAUCCUGGUGCGCGGCGAGAUGGAACCGCGUUGCUACGGCAACGAGGCCUGCAAGUUCUUCGCCUUCGACACUUUCGGGGGACACGUGAAGGUGGAGCGUGGCUUUAAGUCUGUGCAGGUGUCUGGUGUAGAGCUGCAGCACAUGGGUCAACAGUCUAUGGGUCACUACCCUGUCCACUUCCAUAUGAACGGAGACGUGGACCAGAAGGGAGGCUACGAUCCCCCCACCUCCGUCAGCGAUCUGUCCAUCCACCAUACCUUCUCCCGCUGUGUCACUGUGCACGGCUCUAACGGCCUACUGGUAAAGGACGUGGUGGGCUAUGAUGCUCUGGGACACUGUUUCUUCACUGAGGACGGUCCUGAGGAGAGGAACACUUUUGACCACUGCCUGGGGCUGAUGAUCAGAGCUGGUACCCUGCUGCCCUCCGACAGGGACAGCAAGAUGUGUCGCGAUAUCACACAGGGAGCCUUCCCCGGAUAUGUGGCCAACCCACGACAAGACUGCAGGUAGAGGAGAUCAAUAGAAGUGUC